GGUCAAAACAUGGGAGAAUUCCACCAUCAUCAAAUAUCGUAGAAUCGGUCACGGUGCUAUCUCUCUGUCCUUGAACUGACCUGACGGGAACCCGCCAUGGCCGCGACACGAUUCCCUCCGAAUGACCUGCGGCGCCAGGUUGGCUCUCCCAGAUCUAAGGGUCGAGGACACGCUCUGUCGCAACAUUCUCAUUUACGGAAACUGCCGCUAUGAGGAUCAAGGUUGCACCUUCAACCACGACCAAAACAAGAACUCUUCCCAAUCAGAAUUUCCCAAGAAGGCAUUCAACGUCGACUCUCCAUCGUUCACGCCAUCAAGCCAGGCGCAAGGAGCCGCUAAGAAGUCUACCCUGUCUUCGCAGGCUGCGAACGCCGCGCCGUUUACUCCCCGUGGGGUGGGCACACCGAACCUUCAGCAGACCGCCGAGGCUUCGGUGUUUAACCCGGCCGCGAUUAGAGAGUUCACUCCGCAAAACUAUGACAUUGCCAACACCGCUACAAAUGGCGUGCCGCAGGAAAACGGGAUCUUUAAUGAUCCCUUCACCACCCUGGGCUCGAUCGGUGCGGCAUUACCCGCUGCCGGACAGUAUAAUCUCUACGCCUCGGAUCACAGCGCUCUCGCGACCCCUGGGGCGCAGUUCUACCCACAGCACGGAACUUAUCCAGCUGGUCCGCUUCAGCCGCCCAACUAUCACCUCUACCAACCGUACGAUACCUAUCGGCAGGAUCUACAGCCUUGGCAGCGGGCUACCUACGACUUUUUCAUGCCGGCCAAGAUGCGGGAGGAGCUCCAGAAGAAGAUGUUCGCCACGCAACAGGUGAUGCCAAAUUCCGGGCUUCCCCAACUCGAACGCUGGCAUUCCUUGUUUCCACUGGACACCCACAACAGGAAAAACACCUCGUCCUUUGGCUACCCUAGCUGGGUAUACAAGGCUCAAAAUAGCCGAACUGGGAGAUACUAUGCUCUCAGGAGGCUCGAAGGUUACCGAUUAACCAACGAGAAAGCUAUUCUGACGGUCAUGAAGGAGUGGAAGAAGAUCAGGAGUGCCAACAUUGUCACAGUCCACGAAGUGUUUACCACCAGAGAAUUUGGCGAUAGCUCCCUCAUCUUCGCCUUCGAUUACCAUCCUCUGUCGAAAACGCUGCAGGAGAGCCACCUCCAGCCUGUUCACGGCAACCGUUAUCGAGCACCAAGUUCCGUGCCGGAGAACGUCAUUUGGGGCUACAUCUGCCAAAUCACUAACGCACUCAAGACCAUCCACUCCAGCAAGCUCGCAGCACGGUGUCUCGAGCCAAGCAAGAUAAUCAUCUCAGACAACAACCGCAUUCGGCUCUCCGCUUGCUCCAUCCUGGACGUGGUGCAGUUUGAAAGCAACACAAAGUCUGUUCAGGAAUUGCAGCAGGAGGAUCUUGUCAAAUUCGGGAAGCUCAUACUCUCCCUGACGACAAAUACCCUGCCCGCCCACCUGAACAACAUCCCGGCAGCGCUCGAGUCGCUAGGCGCCAAAUACUCGGCCAAUCUUAAGGACGCCGUGGCCUGGCUGGUAACACCGCCGAACCCUGGCGAACCCAAGAGCAUCGAGCACUUCAUUAGUGGUAUCGCCACUCAUAUGACGACGUUCUUUGACCUUGCCCUCCAGGACAACGAUGAGAAACAGUUUCACCUUGCCAGAGAGCUGGAGAACGGGCGUGCCGCACGCAUCAUGAUGAAGCUCAUGACGAUAGUCGAACGAGGCGAACUCGGCGGCGCGCAAGCCUGGUCAGAAACGGGCGAUAGGUACCAGCUCAAGCUCUUCCGAGACUAUGUCUUCCACCGCGUCGAUGCGGACGGAAAACCCAACCUGUCCAUUGGGCAUAUGCUGAGCUGCCUGAACAAGCUCGACGCGGCCAUUGACGAGAUGGUGGUCCUGACGAGCCGCGACAACGAGACAGUCUUUGUGCUCACCUACCGGGAGCUCAAGCAGAUGUUUGAUCGCGCGUUUAACGAACUCGUGAAACACAGCAAGACCGGCGCCCCCGGGGCGAACAACUAGGCGGCGCAGCCGCCGAUGGCGCCGGUUUCGACGCCGAGAGCUCCUCUGGCAGAGGAUUCUGUUUCGUUGCCGCCUGCUUCUCUAUACCCUCUGCAGGGAUCCGCUCUGGAGAGCUUUCAAUAUAUCAAGGAACGUGCUCGGAGAAGGCGUGCAAUGGCGAUGAGCAGUCCGGCAACGUUUGACCUCUCCGUGGAUGGCGCUGUAGGGAUUUAUUCGGCAGGGGCUGGCUUGGUGGGUUCUACUUUGC